AGUGACUGCUCAGGAUUGUACAGGGGCCCCAGGCCCAGAAGCAACUUGCUGCCUGCAGAUCCCACCUGCCUGCCACCUGGCACUGUGGCUACCUGUGUCCACCUCCAUCCUGCAGUCAGAAGGCCUGGGUCCUGAGGCGUGCAGAGGACUAGUAUCCCAGCAAUCCUUGUGUCCUGGGCACUUCUUCAGCCCCGGGAACUUCAGUUCCUGCCUGAGGAGUCCCUGUGGCAGGCAGCCUGGUGACUCCCCACAGGAGGGACAGGCUGAGUGAUGCUCUGACCACAUCAUGCUGUGCAGGGUGGCUACAGUAACCCAGUGCUGAAAUAGCAUUGGGUGCCAUGUAAAGAAAGGAAAAGAAAGUGUCACUUCCAUUGCGUGGGCCUGUUAACUCUCCAGAGUUCCAGUCUCCAGAACAAAGCUGUACUCUACUGAAUAGCACUUCAUGGGACCCGUGCUACUUAUAACUGAUCAGAGCCUUCCUCUACCCGUACAAUUUGCAGCCAGUCUGAUGUACAAAGUUGCAGGGCCAGCAGUAAGGCUCAGUGGGUAGAGGCCUGCUACCAAGCCUAGCACAGGACCUACACGGCUCAAGGAGAGAACUGACCCUGUGAGUCAUCCUCUGUGGGGGUUGAGGUCCAUUGAGACAGACCCAGUGUUUACCUUACCGGGUGCUAAAAGAAGCUGUGCACCAGAAUGAGCAUCACUGGGCUAUAGUUGCUGCCCCCCAGGCAGGGGGCAGCUUUGACAGCAGAAUUGCUUUCUAAAACCACACAGCAGGGUGUGAAGUAGGAGGAGCUGACACUUGUGCAAGGUGGGUGGUACUUGGAAGGCCACCUGUCCCCACAGGAAGAGAGAGUGGGGAGCCCCUUCCCCCAGGGACCACUGAUCCUGUGCCAGGAUGGAGGUCUGCUGGUCCCUGCUACUCCUGCUGGCCCUGAAAACACUGUGGGCAGGUGAGCAUUCAAGGGGAAACAGGCCCAGAGCUGGGUCUCCAGAGGGCUGUGGAUGGGAGGCUUUGCGUACAGGGAAAUUAGCAGAUGAUUUUGUGGGUGAGCAAGGUUUGCAUUGCAGGCUACAGAACCUGAAGCUGGUGCUUGGCCUGCACAACCUCCAUGAUCUCCAAGAUCCUGGCUUCACCUUCUACAUCCAGGAAGCCAUUAAACACCCUGGCUACAACCACAAAUAUGAGAACGACCUGGCACUGCUUAAGCUGGAUAGACGAGUGCAGCCCAGCAAGAAUAUCAAACCACUAGCUCUGCCAAGAAAGCCCCGAUCCAAGCCAGCAGAAGGUACCUGGUGCAGCACAGCUGGCUGGGGAAUGACCCGCCAGGGUGGGCCCCAGGCCAGGGCCCUGCAGGAGUUGGAUCUACGUGUGCUGGACACCCGAAUGUGUAACAACAGCCGCUUCUGGAACGGUGUCCUCAUAGACAGCAUGCUAUGCUUAAAGGCUGAGAACAAGAGCCAAGCCCCCUGCAAGGGUGACUCUGGAGGGCCCCUGGUGUGUGGCAAAGGCCAGGUGGAUGGGAUCCUGUCUUUCAGCUCCAAAACCUGCACAGACACCUUCAAGCCGCCUGUGGCCACUGCUGUAGCCCCCUACAGAUCCUGGAUCAGGAAGGUCAUAGGUCACUGGUCACCCCAACCUUUGGCCUGAUGUCCCAGAUGAUCUGGGACACCAUUCUCGAUGGCGGGGGGCCGGGAAGGGACUAGGUGUGCCUCUG